GAACAACAGAUUAUUUCCGAUCAAAUUUAUCAUCAAAUAUUCUUAAAGGUAUAUUUUAUCCUUCGACUUUUAUUGGAAAGGUUUUGAUGGGAGAUAUGCUUUGGUUAUGGCCAAUAUCUAUGUUUAUACGCACACAUGCGUAUAAAUUCAAAUGCGAAAAAAUAGCGUAUCAUAUUUUUGUCAAAGUGCUUGAUGAUCCUUAUUGUCCAAGUCUCUGUAUAUGGUGGUCGCAAUGGACAUAUGAUUAUAUAAUGGGAGGUGUCAAAACUCUUGAGUGGUGUAUCUUAUUGUUAAUUGGACUUAUCGUUAGCAUAUGUUAUGAUGCGUUUGAAGAUGCUUACUAUAAUCCUGCACCAAGAUUUUGUGAAGUGGUAUAUGAUAAUGAUGAAGAGAAACCAACAUUUCAGGGAAUAUGUGCUAUUAGUUACAUAAGAGCAGAUAAAACUCAAUCAACAUUUGUUUUGGCAGAAAAAAUUUCAAAGAGUCUAUAUUGUCCAGUUUUUUGGUUAGACGCUCUAUGUAUAAAUCAGGAAGACCCUAAUGAUAGACAUGCACAAUUAGUAGCAAUGGCAGAGGUAUUUAGACAAGCUACAUAUGUUGCUGUCUUGUUGGAACAAAGCGAUUUUGGAUAUGGACCAGGAUUCAUGUUAAAUAAAACUGCAAUCUUAAACCUUAAACGUUGGACUCAAGAUGUAUGGACAGCACAAGAGCACGUAAUUGGUCCUAUAGUACUAUUUUAUGAUAAAAAUGGAUCAUUUAUUAGUGAAGAUGCGGUUUUAUUAUUAUUAGAGGAUGCCAAGCAAAAUGGUGAUAUAGAAGCAGCUGAAAUGCUCCCGAUUUUCUAUAGAGUGAGAGAAUGUAGAAUUAGACGUGGCGUAAGUCUGGGUGAUGCAUGGUAUUUAAUUUCAGACAGGUUAACUGAUGAUCCAAAAAACUAUAUAUUCGGCAUGCUUGGAAUACUGCAUCCAAUGAUUAGGCAUCACUUUAUUCAUGGUAGUAGAUGUGUGAACUUUGAAGAUGGAAUGCAGCAAAUAUUGAGAUUAGCAUGUGAGAGAGGUGAUCUUUCCUGGCUGCAUGUAAUUGGAAAACAAUCAUCACCAGGAAGAUAUAAUUGGUUAGUACCGACUCCUGGGGAGAAAUCGCAUUUUGAUGUAGAAUAUAUCCGUUCAGCUGCAACAGGUUGGAAGAUAGAAUAUUAUAAUAAUGAUAUUAGAACGUCAGCUGUAGAUGGUAUUAUUCGCGAAUUUGACGUUGAUAAACAAAUAAUAGAAAUUGAGAAUUAUGGAAAUGUAAUAUUCCAAGGAUCUUUUACAUUGUUAAAUGGUGAAAAAUUAUCGAUAGGAAUGAAUGUUUAUUUAGUUGCGUAUUUAAUAUUGUUAUACACUUUAGAUCAAGAGGCUAAAUUUGCAAUAGUUAAGCAAGGACUUAACGGUGAAACACAUUUGAUAGGAGUAGUUAAAGGAAAGUAUUAUGGACCUUUAAACCCACACCAAUGGGUAUCAAUUCCAUAA